UCCCGCGGCGCGCGCAGGCGCACCGGGUCCUCCACCAUGGCGACGGUGCUGUCGCGGGCGCUCAAGCUGCCGGGCAAGAAGAGCCCAGACCUGGGGGAGUACGACCCGCUCACCCAGGCCGACAGCGAUGAGAGCGAGGACGACCUGGUGCUGGCGGCGCCGCAGAAGAACGGAGGGGUGAAGAACGGCCAGGGCCCCCGGGGAGAGGCCCCGGACUCGGACGCCGAGGGCCCGGGGCCCGCUCCACCCCGGGUCCCCGAGGCGGGCGUCCAGGGCUUCCCGGCCGAGCCUCCGGGGGGCCUGGAGCCCAAGGCCGCGGGGUCCCUGGCGUCCCUGGUGCGCACGGCCGUCUUCCUGCUCACCCUGCUGGUGUCCAUGGUCCUGGUGCUCCUGUGCGCCUUCCUCAUCCCCUGCCCGCCCAGGGACCUGCACAGCGCCUGGAGCCGCCGCCUGGCCUCGGGGGCCGGUGGGGACCUGGCCCCGCUGGACCUGGCCGACGUGAACGGGGACGGCCUGCGGGACGUGCUGCUGGCCGUCGUGAGGCCCGGGAACGGCAGCGGCGGGGGAGGCGUCCCGGGCUCAGACCCCAGCGCCCACCUCCUGUGCCUGUCGGGGAUGAACGGCAGCACGCUGUGGUCCACGCCCCUCCCGGAGGAGGCGCAGCACGUGGCGUGCGUGGAUCUGCAGCCGGGCCUCGACGGGGCGGAAGCCCUGUGCCUGGUGACCGGGACGCGCCGGGCGCUGGGCGCCUACAGCGCCUCAUCAGGUGAGGCCGUCUGGACGCUCUGCCCCAAGCACCUGGCCAACGGCACCGUGGCCGCCCCCGCCGUGCUGCUGCCGGACCUGGACGGCGACGGCGCCCGGGAUCUGCUGCUGCUGGCCGUCGGGGACGCGCAGCCGGACCUGUGCUUCCUGCUGGUGUCCGGCCGCACGGGGACCCCGCUGGGGCGCGCGGUGAAGUUCAACGGCGUGGGGGUGGGGAACCUGAUCGGCCCCCAGGUCUACACCACCGCCAGCGGGGCGGUCUACGUCCUGUUCGGCUUCGGAAACAUCCAGGCCGUGGCCCUGCGAGACCUGUUUGUGCAGGCCCAGAGCCCAGGCCCCCUGCCCACCUCCCUGCAGACGGGGGAGCCCGCGUGGGAACGGCGGCGCGCCAGCAACGCCUCGGAGCUCAUCCCCGUGUACAGCGACGGCGUUGAGCAGCUGCAGGUGGUGAAGGCUCUGGAUGCCAACGGCAGCGACCUGCUCCUCACCACCAGGCAGGGCCUGGUCCUCCUCGGGGGACAGAGCCUGACGCCCCGCUGGACACUGCACCUCCAGGGCCUGCACAGCCAGCCCACCCCGGGGUACUUCACCGAUGACCAGACGCUGGAUUUCCUCCUGCAGAUCAGCGAUGGCAUGGGGACGAGGCAGAUGAUGGUGGUGGACGGCGGCUCUGGCUCCAUCUCCUGGAACCACAGCGCCCCAUGCCGCAUGAAGGAGUCGCCCACCUCCUCCGCCGUGACCUCGGAGCUGAAGUCCGUCUUCCUCUUCUGGGCGGAGGCACUGGCCGUCCCCUCUCCCGACUCGGGUGUCAGCCCGGGAGCGGAGGCCCCGGGUCUCCACCACCUGUACCUGCUGCACCCGGCCUUCCCCUCCAUCCUCCUGGACCUGGCCAACACCACGGGCAUCGUCACUGCUUCUGCGGUGGGCAUCAACGACGUGUGGAAGGACGCCUUCUACGUGACCAGGACGGCGGAGCCGGGCCCCGAAGGCCGCCCGCGGCCCGUGGUGGUCAGCAAGCUCAGCCUGCGCUGGGCGCUCAUGGAGGGCCGCGUGGUCCCGCUGCACGAGGCCGCCGCCGGCGUGGGCCGCGGGGAGCUGCGCAGGUUCCUGUCGCGCAUCAAGUUCGUGGACUCUGCCCCGCAGGUGUAGUCCGACGGGCUGCAGAGGAGAAGAGGGAGCGGGUCACCCCCUCCUGGCGUGAGCACAGCUCCGGGGGGGCCAGGCCUGGCUCUGACCAAGCGGCACACUUUAGUGGUUGGCGUGGCUCCUGGCAUGGCCGGGGGCCCUGACCGGCUCUUUCCUGCAUCACCUGCCCAGGAACUCUGUGCAGAAAGACUUUGGAAAUGUGAAUCUUACAGGGGUUUUAUUUUUAUUUUA